AUGGAAAUAAAUACAAAAGAAAUCCUUUUUCGAACGGAUGAUGCAAUCAAAGAGCCGUUACCGUUAGUGCGUUGCCAAAAUCUUAUAGAUAAAUAUUUUUCUAACAAAAAUAACGAAGGUAUCUUUUCAUAUAGGUUCGUGGAAGUAUUUAUUAAUGUUCUUGCGGAUCAAUUAGUUCGAUUAUCAUCAAAAUCUGAAGCUAAUAUUGAUGAUGAGAAUGCUCGUCUUGGAACGAUUGUUCAAUGGAACGAUUCAAGUCAUCUUAUAGUAGUCUUUAAUUCUCAAACCCCAGAUACGAUAUCAGCUUUAUAUCUCAAGCGAUCGGAGAUAAAAACAAUGGCAAUUAGUGAUUAUAAUAAAAUGGCUGCGAAUGCUCUCUUAGAAAAACUUCAAUUUUUGGCACGAAGAUCAACGGAAAAAAGCAAGUGCGAAUAUACCGGUCAUAGUUUGUGGAGAAGCGGGAUGUGGCAAGCCAAUAUGGUUGAAGUUAAAUUCGAAACUCUUAACCUUCAUGCUGGAGUUAAAGAAGAAACAAUUAUGGAUUUUAUAAAUAAUGCUUUUGAAAAGGCAGUGAAUAGCGAGAUUUUGUUAUUUUUUGAUGAAAUCAACACUUCUCAAAGUGAAGCUGGUUUAAAAAGUAAGGUCAAAAAAUAUGAAGAGAAAUAUAUUCAAAUUAUGGUAGACAAGGAAUUAAAAAAUCUGGCAAGUCCUGUAUUUGCCAAUCUCUUAUUGGCUUCUCAAAGAUUCGUUCGUGAGGUUGAGGAACCGUAUAGUGUCAGCUUGCGUGAUGUCAAGCGAGCUAUAACAUUAGUGAAAUACUUUUAUAACUCUCUUGCACUUAGUCUUUGCAAUCAUUCUCGAUUAUAUGAUCAAAAAUUACGUAAAAAAUAUCGAAUUGAAAUGGAAAAAAUAUUAAAUUUGAAAAAAGAUGCGUUUUCUAAAAUUAUUCGUGAUGAGCAAGAAGAUUACAUUAAUAGGAUGCAAUGUCCACCUACCUUAGCAAAGAAUGAAGCGUUAUUGGAGAAUGUUUUAGUUAUGAUUGCAUGCAUCUUAACCAAAAUUCCAUUGUUUUUAAUCGGAGCUCCUGGUUCAUCAAAAUCUUUAGCAAUUCGUCUUAUUAGUUCGAACUUACUCGGUUUGGCUGAAACGAGUCCUUACAAUCCGUUAAAAGUGCUUCACUCUUUGCUCGAGUCAAGUCCAUUUAGACGACCUACUGUCUCGGUGAUUGGAAUAUCAAAUUGGCGCUUAGAUAUUAGCAAAAGUAGUCGUGCAUUGCUUGUUCAAAG